UCACCCCUGCCCCAUAUUACUACACGCAGAGACCUGCUGUGAAAUACAACGCACCACAUCUGCUUCUCUCAUUUCCACACAUGAACCUUUAAAUUCCAGCUUCUAGGUUCAAGCGUUUCAGAAACGCCUCAGGAUCAACAUCAAGCAUGCCUGCAAACUACAGUGGAACGUGGGACAUAGUGGACAAUCAGAACUUUGAAGCUUACAUGGUGGCUCUUGGAAUUGAUUUCGCCACCCGAAAGGUAGCGAGAAUGCUAAAGCCACAGAAGGUUUUUGAGCAAGACGGAGACUCUUUCAUCAUUAAAACUUUUACAACUUUCCGAAACUACUCCUGUUCAUUCAAAAUCGGUGAAGAAUUUGAGGAAAUCACCAAAGGACUGGACAACAGAAAAUGCCAGACAACGGUCAACUGGGACAACGACAAACUUGUGUGUGUGCAGAAAGGAGAAAAGAAGAACAGAGGAUGGACACACUGGAUGGAGGGAGACACUCUUUACCUUGAACUUAGAUGUGAAGACCAGGUCUGCAAGCAAACCUACAAAAAAACAGCUUGAAGCAUGGUGUUGAACUGAAAUUCUUGGAUGUUUAUUGACAAAUAAUGACAUACAGAUGGUUUCAACAUCAACUGAUUCUCAAUCAAGUGAACAUAACAUUACAAAAAAGUGGGGGAAACGUAUUAAACAACACAGAAAACCUCCAUUAUUCAAGAGGAAA